AUGGACGCAGACUCCGAGAUUGGAUUCGAGAGCUUCUUCCAAAGCAGCAGCAACAGAGAGGAUGAAGGCUCGGAUUUGCUAAGCGGGCUUGAUUCAAUCCAGAUGAGCUGUGAGGACAUGCUUUUCUUUAGCUCUGACAACACUGUGAGAAAGGAGUUGCGUGCCUGCGAGUCCCUAGAGCAGGAGAACCAGACAUUUUACGAUUUCGACUCUGAUUCGUUGGAGGUACUUGAGGAUACCGAGAAGGCGGAGGAGUACAGAGCCACAGAAGCUGAUGACUUGCACGGCCUUCAUAUGCUGGGCACUGAUGGAGGCCACCCCACCACUUCCCCUCGAAAGCGUCCGUCUCUUGAGCCGGAUAAUGAUCCGUGCAGGAGUCAUGCAGAUCUGGAAAGCCCUGUGUCGGACACGGUGUUUUCUGGAUUUACCACAGGGUCCAGAAAAAAGAUUCAGGUGAGGAAAGAAAGCAUAGACUCGGCGUACAAGAUGUUUAGAGAUGAGGAGGUGGAAAAGCUGGAUGCUUAUCCGACGGCCCUAGCCCCUCCAAAGCCGGAUGACAGGCCUGAAAAAGAAGAGGCAGGCAUGGAUCCUAGGCGAGUCUACGAAGAAAUAGAGAGGAGGUUUCCGCAGGAGGAUGCAGACAGGGUUUUUGCUCAAUUUACAUGGUCUUGGAUCUAUUUUUUCUUUGGGAGAAGAUGGCCGGAGUUUAGCGAUCUUGUAGAUAGGAUAGAGGAGCAGGUCAGGGUGAGGCUGGAAAGCGAAUACUCUGUGCUCCGGAGAAUUGUCGAGGGGGACGAUGUACCAUGGAGAUACAUGAUUCUCCUAGUUGUUGGAAUAGACAAGGAGCGGAUAGAGGUGUUUGAUGGAUACUACAGUCUUUAUGCACUUUAUGAUGACCCUCUCAGAAGGAGGAUAGAAAAGAAUGAGAUCCGUGUUGGGUUUAAGCUCAGGGUCUUUGGGGCAGAUCUGGAGGGGGGCAGGCCGAUGUCCAUUUUCGACACCGAGAAUGUCUUUCUGAGGCUCCACCACAAUGGAAUCCAGGUUGUUCAUUCCCGGCGGAGACUUGGAUACAGGAAAAAGAUGAGCUUCAGACUCAAAAUAUCCGACGUUCUUGGUGAUGGAGGCCCUGUUAGCUGCAUUGAGGGGACGAUAGCCAAGGUUAUUGAGACAAAGUAUCUUGUGAAGGUGGAGAACUACAGCUGUACAACCGAAAGCCUCGAGCCUGAGCUCGACAGGAUAGAGGAUCUUGCCAGGAAAGCCCAGAGAGUCUUUUCGUCCCAUGACAUAAGAAUCAGUAUGUACACCAAGCUCCUUAUCCGGGACGACAGCGGAGAGUGUACGGUAACGUGGUGGAAUCCCAUUCCGGAUAUCAAGGAGGGACAGAUGAUCAGAUUUGUUUAUCUGAAUCCGUCGAGAUCCAAAGGGCUUCAUCUCAACACCAGCAGAAGAGGCUACGCUAAGCUUCUUGUGUAG